AUGGCUCGCCCGCGGGCCCCAUCGGGCGCCGAUGCCCCGAAAGAACCCCAUGCGGUUUCUCUCAAAGUUUUACGCCUCUCACGACCUUCUCUGUCUUAUCAAUACCCCCUCCCCGCCGCCAUCACAAAGAUCUCAACCAAGGCCCCCUUAAGCUAUCCGUCUGCAGGCUCGGAUGAUCAAUUCAUUCUUACUCCUCUGCUCACACUACCCCCAGCAUUCGGAUCGGUUUAUGUCGGAGAGACCUUUGGCUGCACACUAAGCGCGAACAAUGAGAUCCCAACCGAUGAGCCGGGGCGGGCCGUCACGUCAGUACGAAUCGUCGCCGAAAUGCAAACCCCGUCGUCAGUCGCAGCUCUCGAGCUUGAGCCGGCCGGCGACUCGGCCCAGUCCGAUGGGCUCCAGAUCGGCGAGUCGUUACAGAAGAUUGUGCGAUUUGACCUCAAAGAGGAAGGGAAUCAUAUUCUAGCUGUCAGUGUCAGCUAUAACGAGACGAGAGUCAGUCCGGAUGCCCAAGCGGCCAGUGGCCGGGUCCGGACCUUUCGCAAGCUCUAUCAGUUUGUCGCGCAGCCGUGUCUCAGUGUGCGAACAAAGGCGUCAGAACUUCCGCCAUUGGAGGUAAAUAACAAGUCACUUGGCCCGUAUGGGAAAACGCGACUGCUCCGGUUCGCCCUGGAGGCGCAACUGGAAAACGUCGGGGAUGGCGCUGUGGUGGUCAAGCAAACUCGAUUGAACCCCAAGCCACCGUUCAAAUCCCAGUCCCUCAAUUGGGAUACCAUGCGCCCAGAUAUGUCGGCGGCGCCGCUCCCGACCUUAAACCCGCGCGACGUCCUACAGGUCGCGUUCGUGGUGGAGCAAGAAGAGGGUCGACACGACGGUCUUGAAACGCUUCAAAAGGAUCUCCGGCGGGACGGUCGCGCCACCCUAGGCCAGUUGUCGAUUGAAUGGCGCGGCGCUAUGGGAGACAAGGGAUUCUUGACGACGGGCAAUUUGAUGAGCCGGAAACGCAGCUGA